AUGGAUAUUGACGACAUUCUUCGCGAGGUCGACCCCUCCUCAGGUGGCAUCCCUCGCGAGACGAGCGACUUGCAGGCUCUGACGCGCCUCUGGGUGGCUGAGCGGUCGGCUCCCGAGCUUUUAGACUGGCCGACGGGAGGUCUGUUCGAGCGAGUCAAUGCCAGGAUCAAGGCCCAGAUUGAGAAAGUCGAGGAUAUGACGGGUGACAUGGAUCCCAAGACAAAUUUUGCUCUCAUCGUCAUCCAGACGGAGCUUGAGCGCUUCAAGUUUCUCGUCCGCAGCUACCUACGAGCGAGGAUUGCCAAGAUCGACAAGCACGCUCUCCACUACCUGUCCAGCGACGAGCUGCGGUCUAGGCUAUCGUCCGUCGAGGUAGCAUACGCGACGAGGCACCAGGCCCUGCUACAUAACCACUACCUGUCGUCCUUCCUGGCUUCCUUCCCGCAGCAGCUGCAGAACCUCAACGACACGGCCGGCGGCGUCAGCAUGAUUGACUCUCCGGAUCUGAACACCACCGUCUUCAUCCGCAUGCUCAGGGACCGUGAUGUUCACGGACAGGGGACUGACUCUGACAACACCCUUUCGGCUGAGAGUGGAGACAUCUUGAUCAUAAGGUGGUCGAGCGCCAAGCCCCUGGUCGACCUUGGAGAUGCUGAGCUUGUAUGA